AUGGCACGAUGCGUACAAGCGUGCAAAACUUCCUCGUCCCCUCGGACCACUCGACUCUCAGUCUCGCGAGUUCUUAGAAAGCACCCUUAUGAACUUGGCGUCAAGUGGAACAAGCAAGCUCUGACGAUAACUUCUAAGGCGACUUGGUUUGGGCCCGAGUGGUCAGUCUUGCAAAGAGACCACUGGGAAGUAGUGGCUGGCUCGUGGCUCGUCAUCCCGCACAUUAGCGGUCCCGACAUCCUGUGCUACGAUCUGGAGCGCGGGCUGCGUCAUGUCGUAUAUCAUGCUGAUGGCGCUCAGAUACUGUCGUUCAAAAGCGCGACUUCUGAGGCAGCGGGCGGAGGAUGCAUCAUGCACGCCAUCGUGAUGGAAGGCGCUCGCAGCAGCCCGUCAUUCUCACAUAAACUACUCUCCGUUCGUUUCUCUUCUGAUGGUCCACUAAACUCAUCCAUUUCCUCGUUCUUCAAAUGUUCUUCCACGGUUCACGCAUCGCAUAUCCUAAGAUUCUAUGCCAGGGAGCAUGGGGCUGCAUUGGGCUGUGCGCCGCGCGCCCACCGAGGGGGUCUGUGGGAGCACAACUUCAGUACUAAGGCUGCUCAAGACGAGCAGCCAAUCACAAUGCUCGACCGCUCAGUUCUGAAUCAACCGACUCCUGUGCUUCUGGGAACCCGUUAG